UGCCAUACGGCUAAACCGAGAGAGCUAGGAGCCACGCCAGCUGGUGAUGCCGGCGGGCAGGCACCGCCGCCGCCUUACGCUGGCGCCGGGUGGUGGGUCUCCUUGUCGGCAGGAUCGCUCCCUCGGUGGGCUUGGGUUUCAGUUUCUCCCCCGAGAAGGCAGUGUGCUAGAUGAGGAUGAUUCCGAUGCUGAGGUGCCCAUUGAAUCAGCCCUGGAGGUUCUUGAUUCGGAUGCCUCGUCGGAGUGUUCUGCGGUGUCUAGGAAGGGGAGGAGGACGGACGAGGAGAUCGUUCAGGACUUCUGGAACGAAAUUGGAUUCCCAACACCGGCUUCAAGGUUUUGGGAGGUCCAGUCGUCGUCAAGCUCAGGUAAGGUAGCUAAUGGUUCAGGUGUUGAUGCUUGCAGGAGUUCGUCUGCAAAGGUGGGAUCGGAGGAGGGUACGGUUGACAUCUCGGCGUCUUUCUCUCCGUCAAGGGAGGCGGCGGUCGAGGCCGAUCGAUCGUGCGGCGGCUUCCCGAUGCGCCGGCGGCCUAGAGCCGGCUCUUGGCGCGGGCCGUGCCCUCCUAGGCGGCGAACGCCAUUGCCGGUGCUCGGGCAGUUCUUGGAGAAGGCCGGCUGGUCGCCGUCGUUCGAACGGGAUGCUGCAACGGAUUCAUCGCUGCAAGCGGUGGAGGAGGCGGAAUCCAGGGGGCAGUUUCCGUUGCCCCUGCAUGGUAGUGUGGCCCAACUGCAUGAGGUUUUCUCGUGGGCUGGGCUGAGAAGCGCCCUGAGAUUCCUCUGGGUUGACCCAAGACUUCGUGUUCCGUCGGCAGCUUCGUCAUCGUCUACAGCCGCCACCGUCACGUUAUCGCCCGCCGCCUCUCCUUCGAGUGCCGCCGGCGUCUCCUCGUCGCUCGCCUCUGCUUCGUCCUCGCCUUCGUCUUCCGCACCGUCGUCCUCAUCAACGUCUACGCCUUCUUCCCCGUCGUGUCGGUUGCCUCUCCCAUCGACAAGGCCUCCACCUGUGUCGCCUCCCGCCGGUGGCUGGGGUGGGGGUACCCGGCUGCUGCGGCCCUCCUUCGCAGACGUCGUCGCCAAGGGGCCUGCACCCAUGUCGGGCGCCCGCCCUCCUCUGCGUGGACAGGUACCUGGUGCAGGUGCUGUUCAUGGCCCGCCGCCGCCCGGGGGCAGCAGGCCGAUGAUGACGCCGCCUCCGGCUCGUCCCGGCUUCCCGGUGGGCGCGGCCAGGCCGCAAGCGGUGCAGUACCGUCCUCAACCUCCGCCGCCCGGGUACGGGAUGCCCCAAGGCCAAGUUCUUGGCUUCCAGGGGCAUCCUCGUCCACCCCCUGCCCCCAUGCCGUAUGGUGGUGCACGGGCGCCUCAGAUGACGGGUGCGGGGAUGCCGCAGCAGCAGCCGGUGCAUCCGCAGGCUUCGAUGAUCAAUGUCCAACAGCAGCAUGGAGUUUUUGCUCCGGGCACCGCUCCUAAGCAGAAAAGAAAGAAGAAGAAGGCCGUUGUUCCGCCGGAGAUGCAAGGAUCUGGUUUGCCUCAAGGGGGAUCUCAGCAUCAGCUUCCUUUUUAUGGUACAGGGCCUUCGGUUGUGCAGGGACAGUCCACGCUUGUUCAGGGUCAGCCGCAGUCCUUUCAGUUCGCUAGUGCCCAAUAUGGAUACGCUCCUCAAGCUCAGUUCCAUCCGCAGCAUCAACAGCAGCCACAGUUUGUUCCACCACAGCCACAGCUGGCGGUUGCUUCUAUUCAUCAGCAACAGCAGCAACCACAGUUUAUUCCACCGCAGCCUACCGCUCCCGUUGUACAGGCACAUGCUCAGGAUACGGUUCUGAGCGGGACGCUGGACCAGGGGACUUCUGUGGUUACGGUGGGUGCUCAGCAGGCACCGGUGGCCAAGGCUAAGAUGGUGUGGUGUUGGAAGUGUGCGGAUAACACCCACGCUUCGAAGGACUGCAAAUUUAAACAUUAUUGUUACAUAUGUGAUAAGAUUGCUCACCCUACUGUGAGAUGCCCGGUUCUCAAGGCGCCAAGACCCACAGCGUAUGUCACGGGUUCGGGGUUGUUAGAAACUUUCUUUACUGCUUUGCCUGAUUCAGUGGUUCGAGAAGAUCUUACACCAACGAACUCUCCUGUUGCGCGUAUUAUUGUGACUGGGGAUGUGGUACCGGCAGAUGUUAUAGCCAGACAGGUUGCCAGGAGAUGCUCAGAGUCUCCAGGUUGGAAGUGGGAGGCUGUUCCCUAUGGGGAGAAGGAAUUCCUUAUCAGCGUUCCCUCUUUCGAUGAUCUCAACCGUAUGGACGGUAUUCAGGUGGGAGUGCCGGACUCUAACUCGUCUAUUGGUAUCACCACAUGGCAGUCGGCAGAAGUUCAACAUAAGGUGGAAUUGGAACAAGUUUGGCUCCAUGUGGAAGGGGUACCUCACACUCUCAGACACUUCUUGGGGUUAUGGGCUGUCGGGUCUCUUUUGGGCAAAACUUUGGACGUCGACCUCCUUAGCCUUCGUCGUCGAGGAGUCGUCCGUGUCCUUGUGGCGAUGCUUAACUCCUCGGUGUUGGACAGGACGGUUUCGGAGCCUGGGUCAUACGCCAUUUCGGAUGCUGUGGUGAAGUUGAAAUCCUUUGAGUUUAGCUUCCGGAGAGAGCCUGCGGAUUUUGUCCCUGAGCCUGACUUUGUCCCCUUUCUUUGGGAAAAGAAGAAUGAUGGAAAUGAUGAGGGGGGUGCAGCAGGUCCCGACGAUGACGAUGCUAUGGACACUUUGGACGGGAGGAUUGGUGCCAUGGUCUCACCCGCACCGCCGACACAGCCUAGUGGUUCUGGUGGAGUGUCAUCCAGUGGAGCGCAGGUGGCUUCUAUUGUCUUUGCGGUAACUCCAUUCAAUAAUAAUCCGCAGACUCCCGCAGCCGUGCAAGUUGUUGAGAAGCUUCGGUCUGUGAGUCCCUCUCUAGAGCGGCGUCCACCGUUGAGUCCGAAAGUCACGUCCGAGGAAUUAUCGACGGCUUUGGAGGCUACGCGUUCACCACCUUCCGCGCAAGGGUUGGAGAGGAUCGUCUUACCGGCGAGGGGGAGGGUUCACACGCUCGCAAGAACCUCACCUCGUCGCUCUUCCAUGGACUCGGCGACGGCUGCUCAUCCGGCCGCAUCACAGGAGCAUGCGGUGGCCGGUGGGCAAACUGUGCUCGGCGGGACGUCCGCUGGAAAGACGACCAAGGGAGUCCAUACAGAUGGGAGCUUUCACGUGGCGUCUUGCAGUUCCUCUCGGGCGGGCGUCUGCUUCGAGGCUGGGCCGACGCGGUCUGCAGUACCGGGGCAAGAUUUCAGAGCUGGCCACACGCGCGAGGACGCUGUUCUACCGGCUGCAGACGCUACACAGGGGCAACUUGGCAUGUUGCUGCUCAAGGACAAGCUACACAGUGGCACGCUUGCCAUGCAGCGUGAGGUGCUGCUGCUGGAGCAGCCCAUGCAGCCGGCCAGCUUGCAGCCAGCGGAGCUGCUGCAGGGGCUUCUUCUGCAGACGGACAACAACGCUGCGACAACGACGAACGGCAGCCCCCAUGUUGCUGCCGAUGGACACGGCCUGGUGCCUAAGGGCACUGCUGCGUCCGCAUCGGCGGUGCAGCCUCGGGCUUCUGCUGCUCUCGGGCGUGACUUGAGGUCCCCGGGCGCGGCAACUUCGUCGACGGAGGAGUCUUCGGGGACGGCUGCUGCUGCCACGGAGGGGAGACCUACUUCGCCAACUCCUCCCCCCAAGGCGGCAUCUUCGCGUCGAGCUAUGCCAACCACCCCUUCGCGUAGGAGCACGCGUCAUGGGGUGGGGGCGGACGGCUGCGAGGCUACGGAUGAAGACUCGCUGGCCAAGGCGAUGAGACGCAAGGCGGCGUCUAAUCUCGACACCUCAGGUAAUUCACCGGUCUACGGCUACGCUCCGUUUAUGGUCGUCGCUUCAGCGAGUGGAGGACCGCGACCUAUUUAUGGAGGUGUCUACACGAUUGGAGAAUACGGCCAAGGACUUUAUUAUCCAACAUGGGUGGCUGCAUAGUCUGAGGAUUGCGGCUCCUACACCAUGAUAGUCCUCUGUUUCUUGAUACUCUUAUAAGACCUUGAGUUGUAAGUUUGUACGGCUGUGUGCAUCCUAGCUAUGCAGAGGCCGGGUGUAUUACGUCAAACCUCUGAGUAAUAAAGCGCCCUUUUUC